AUGGUACGCGCAGCAGUUGGCCAAAUGCGUUCCACGGCCUCCAUGGCCUCUAAUCUGACCCAAGCCCAAUCCCUCUGCCGCAAAGCCCACCAAGCCGGCGCAAAAGCCCUCUUCCUCCCAGAGGCAGCAGACUACAUCACCACUUCCGGCGGCCUCCAACUCUGCAAGCCAGUCACAACCUCUGAAUUUGUCAUCGGCCUGCAAGAUUGCGCAAAACAAUACAAUCUCGCCAUCUCUGUCGGUAUCCACGAACCCGUCUCCUCUGAUGCGCAAAAAGUGAAGAACACCCUCAUCUGGAUCACUCCUCAGGGAGAAAUUGCCCAGCGCUACCAGAAACUACAUUUGUUCGACAUGGAUGUCAAGGAUGGCCCCCAGAUGAAGGAGUCGGAUGGCGUCGAACGCGGCCUUGAUCUUGGCCAUCCCUUCGACAGCCCCGUGGGCAGGAUAGGCAUGCAGAUAUGUUUUGACCUACGCUUUCCCGAGCCUGCGCUUGCCCUCAGGAAGCGAGGCGCCCAGGUGCUCUUGUACCCUGCCGCUUUUACCACCCCAACGGGUAAGGCCGGUCACUGGGAAAUACUGCUGCGUGCUCGUGCCAUUGAGACGCAGAGCUAUGUCAUCGCUGCUGCCCAGGUUGGAGUACACGAUGACCAGGGCAAGAGGCGGAGUUAUGGACACAGCAUGAUUGUGGAUCCUUGGGGCAAAAUCGUUGCUCAACUCGGAGGCGAUGAGGGCGAAGAUGGGAAAUGGGCCGACGACGGUGAGAUUGCCGUUGCAGAGCUGGACCUUGAUUACGUUGAGAAUCUGCGCAAAGAUGUGCCCAUGACACGAAGAACAGAUGUUUAUGCAGAUGUUUCUUAG